AAAUGUAUUAAGUGCUUCAAGAGCUUUUUAUGGAAGCUCCAGCAAGCCUCUGCUUACCGCUCUUGACGAUGCGAUACGUCUCUAGCAUGUGACCACACGAUACUUGUUCACAUAACCAAUUGUGCAACGGCGAUACACAACAUAAAAUCCCAAGGUCACCCCAAGGUCGUUAAAUACUGCUAGGUGUAUUCUCUUAACGGUAUACUCGCGAGCGGAAAUGCACAUCCGGGCACCACCUCUGAUCUUCGCGUGUUGUGAUCCGUCCGAGACAAGGCACCAUAGCCAACAAGCCAUCACACUCAAGGCCAAAUGCGGUAUGGAUUUUCCUAUGCGGUACGGUUUCAUUCGAAGGCCGCAAUCCCCUGCUUCUACUGCUUAUAUCUCUUAUGUUGCCUACUUCUCUUGCUCUUGCUGGGCGAAACAAUACAUACAACAAACGGCUAGGCGCCCCGUGCCCAAACUGGGUGACCUCGCCGGGGGUAUCAGCUGUCCUCUCCGUGGCCAGCCCGCGCUCUCCCCCGCCGUGUCCGCCAGUGUAGUUGCGUCGCGUCGGCCGGCCGCUCGCCGCCGCUUCGUCUCAGCUCUUCUGCGCGUGUGCGGGUGACCACGGCACCGGACCGCUAACGACACCGGACCGCACACAGCACCGGACCACACACAGCACCGGACCGCACACAGCACCAGGCCACUCCAAAGCCGGAGCUGUCCAGUAACUGAUCUUCCCAGGUGGAGAUGCAAGGAAGGCUGCAAAUGGAAAGAAACAUAAAACUACUGAUGGUGAUGAGAUAUCUGUGGCGAUGUUGGGCUUCGUCCGCAGCGUGCCGCGCACGGCGCUGGUCUGGCUGUGCAUCGUGCUGACAGCCGGCCUGCUGCGCCUCGUGUUCCACUGGCGCCGCGACUGGAUGCUGCGCUGCACGCACCGGCGCUGCCACCUGCGCGUCGCCUCCAGCGUCCUCGUCAUCGAGCGGUACAAGAAGCACACCUCUCGUUUCAUCCACCGCGUCAAGAUCCAGCGGUCGACCUCUCCUGCCGUGGGGGAGGAGGAUGCCAUCGACAUGGAGAAGCCACGCCUGUACGUGCCUGACAUGGUCUCGCGCCAGUUUAAGGCGGUCACCGAGAUCCGCUAUUUCCGACACAAGAAGCUCUGCCACGUCUGGAACGGGCCCAGCGACGCGUUCGAGCGGCUGGAGCUGUUCUUCUCGGACAUGCCGCUGGAGCGGCUGCACGAGCAGCAGCCCCUCUCAGCUGGGGAGCAGGACGGCAGGCGCGCCGUGUACGGCGGUAACAGCAUCAAUAUUCAGCUGACGCCCAUCCUGAAGGUCAUCUUUCUGGAGGUGCUGACGCCGUUCUACGUGUUCCAAAUAUGCGCCUGCAUCCUGUGGUUCGCGGACGAGUACGUGUACUACGCUUCGGCCAUCGCCGUGGCCUCGGUGGCGUCCGUCACAACAGCUGUUUACCAGCAACGCAAGAAUGAGAAGAAUCUGCGCCGCACCAUCCAGCAGACGGACGUGGUUGAGGUGGUGCGUGAGGACAACAGCACGCAGACGGUGCAGGCCGACCGGCUGGUGCCGGGUGACGUGAUUGUCGUGCCGUCCCACAACACCACCAUGUGCUGCGACGCUGUCCUGCUCGCCGGCAACGCCAUCGUCAACGAAAGCAUGCUGACUGGCGAGAGUGUACCAGUGACCAAGGUGCCGCUGCCGGCGCGGCCGGACGUGCGCUACAGCCCGCAGCAGCACGGGCGACACACGCUGUUCGCCGGCACGCUGGUCCUGCAGACGCGCUACUACAAACACGAGCGGGUUCUCGCCCUGGUGACCCGGACCGGCUUCAUGACCUCGAAAGGCGAGCUGGUGCGCUCCAUCCUGUACCCCCCGCCGGUAGACUUCAAGCUGGAGCAGGACACGUACAAGUUCGUCGGCAUGUUGGCUGCCGUGGCCGUUGUGGGCGUCAUGUACUCCACCUACACCAAGGUGAUGCGGGGUUUAGAGCCCCAGGAGGUGGCGCUGGACGUGCUGGACCUGAUCACGAUCGUGGUGCCGCCGGCGCUGCCCUACGCAAUGGCCGUCGGCAUCAUCGUGGGCGUGGAGCGGCUCUUGAAGCAGCGCGUCUUCUGCAUCUCCCCCCGUUCCAUCAAUAUCGCCGGCCUCAUCAACUACGUCUGCUUCGACAAGACGGGCACGCUGACCGAGGACGGGCUGGACAUGAAGGGCGUGGUGCGCGUGUCGGAGCCGGCCGCGCCGCCGGCGGUCGGCCCGCUGGAGGAGGUGGCCUCCCUGCCGGUGGGCCUCUUCACCACCGGCAUGGCCGCCUGUCACGGUCUCAUGCUUAUCAACAGCGAGCUCACUGGUGACCCGCUAGACCUCAAGAUGUUCGAGUCCACCGGCUGGGAACUGGAGGAGCCGGACAUGGACGAGUCGACCAAGUACGACGUGCUGGCGCCGACGGUGGUCCGGCCGCGGCGGCCGGACCUGGUGCCGGCCCACCUGCGUCUCCAGGAACUCGGCCAGGAUCCGGUGCCGUUCGAGGUGGGCCUCGUGCGCCAGUUCGUGUUCGCCUCGUCGCUGCAGCGCAUGUCCGUGCUGACGCGCCGCCUCGGAGCCAAGCAGAUGGAGCUGUUCUGCAAGGGCUCGCCGGAGAUGAUCAUCUCCCUGUCCGACCCAGCCACCGUGCCGGCCGACAUUCACCCGGUGCUCGACGGCCACACGCAGCGCGGCUUCCGCGUGCUGGCGCUGGCGCACCGGGCGCUGCCGCGGCUGACGUACGCGCGCGCGCAGCGCAUCGCGCGCGAGGAGGUGGAGCGCGAGCUGACGUUCCUCGGCCUCAUGGUCUUUGAGAACCGGCUGAAGGCCGAAUCACGACCGGUACUGCGUGACCUAGCCGAGGCCAACAUCAAGACCAUCAUGGUGACAGGCGACAACAUGCUGACGGCGCUGUCGGUGGCGCACGACUGCGGCCUGCUGCCGGCCGGCGCGCCCGUCGUCUCCGUGUCGGUGGAGCCGACCUCCGGGUGCGGCCCGCGGCUGGCCUACCGGCGGCUCGAGCAGACGGCGCCGCCGGCCGCCGCCGGCCACGCGGCGGUCGACGUCGACGCCGGCGCCGACUGCCGUCUGGCGGUGACCGGGCCCGACUUCGACGCCAUCUGUCGCCACUUCCGCGAACUGCUGCCGCGUCUGACCGUCCGCGGGGCCGUGUUCGCGCGCAUGCGACCCGACCAGAAGCAGCACCUGGUGGAGUGUAUCAAGGAGCUGGGUUACUACGUCGGUAUGUGCGGUGACGGUGCCAACGACUGCGGCGCGCUGAAGGCGGCGCACACGGGCGUCUCUCUGUCGGAGGCCGAGGCGAGCGUGGCCUCGCCCUUCACCUCCCAGGAGACCAACAUUAGCUGCGUGCCGACCAUCAUCCGCGAGGGCCGCUCGGCGCUUGUCACCUCCUUCGGCAUCUUCAAGUACAUGGCCGCCUACAGCCUGACGCAGUUCAUCUCGGUCCUCAUUCUCUAUGAGAAGGAUAACAGCCUGACCGACUUCCAGUUUCUGUACAUCGACUUCUUCAUCAUUACCAUGUUCGCCGGCGUGUUCGGCAUGACGAAGGCGUAUCCCGGCCCGCUGUCGAAGCGCCUGCCCACGGCCAGGCUCGUGUCAGUCGCGCCCAUACUGUCGCUGGCGCUGCAGGUGUCGCUGGUGGCGCUGAUACAGCUGCUCGUCUACUGGAACGUGCAGCAGCAGCCCUGGUUCGUGCCGUACGUGCCGACCAAGAGCGACGAGGAUGACAACUUCUGGAGCCACGAGAACUUUGCCGUCUACUGCACCUCCUCCUUCCAGUACAUCCUGCUGGCGGUGGUGUUCAGCCGCGGCCCGCCGUUCCGGCGCCGGCUCUACACCAACCCCUACUUCUCGGCGGCCAUUGCGCUCAACGUGGCCUUCUGCGCAUGGUGCGUGGCCGCGCCCAUGGCCUGGAUGAGCUCGUGGCUGGAACUGCGGGCGCCGCCGUCCCUGCAGUGGCGGCUGCUGCUGCUGGGCGUGGCGGUUGGACACGCGGUGCUCGCCCUCCUGCUGGAGCACGGCCUGGUGGAGGCGCUGGUCCAGGAGCGGCUGCUACCCAGAUUGCGGCGUCUGCAGUCGUCCCAGCCGGCGCAUGUACUUGUGACGGCUCAGCUGGCGGCCGAGGGUGCCGCCUGGCCGCCGCUGGCCGACGGUGGCCGUCAGCUGUCCGCCGGCGAGCUGCUCAAGGACCACGCGCCCCGCAACGGUGCCCCCAUGACGAUAUUGCGCCGAGGGCACUGCACGGCCUCUGUUUGACUCCCGCCCGCUGCUGUUGCCUCGGGAGGGGUCACCGUGGCUUCGAUGACCGUGGUCACCGUGGAGUGGUCACCUUGGCGCCGACUCCGCCGACAUCACUCCGGGCUGGCCAGGCCGCCCGACUCGUCGCGUCGCCGAUGUGACGUCACUCGUCACCCUGUGACGUCACGCCUCGUCACCGACCGACAUCUGAUAUGUAAUCCGCCGUCCCGGUGUCACGAUUGCCUAGUCAGAUGCCAGUUACACUGUUCUCUGCGUGUGCUGCGUUGCGCGGCCGUCCCCUCAACGAGCAGUUCGCGCGUUUGCUGCAGUGUGGCGCUGGGAUCGCGCUUGUCAGUUUUGCUACCGAUUUUUAGCGGCAGCUUUGUGGCGUGGCGCUGCUCGGAACGCGUUAGUAUAGAGGAGGGACUGGAUCGCGCCGAUAACCCCUGUCUGCCCCUCGCGACCGGCAGCGCCACCCCGGCGGCGGUGGUCGUCGCCCUGCCAGCCGUAUCAAUCAGCCGGUGACGCUACCGGCGUCUGUUGUGCUGCGCUCACCGCUUUAUUCGAGUUUUGUUACGUUUACCGGGCUUUGGGCGUGUGUAAUAGCUAUUGCGGCGCGGCGCAUCAAUGCGACGGUGCUUAUUAACACGUGAGUGGCGUGAAGUGGCAGCUUCAAGCGUGCACGGGCGGGGCCUGACGGGGCGGGCCACUGCGCCGCCGGGAACCUGCCGGGGCAGGUCGUCUGCCCCUGGCAGUGCGGGCUGUCACCCCGGGCGGUGCGAGCCGUCACCCCGGGCGGUGCGGGCCGUCACCCCGGGCGGUGCGGGCCGUCACCCCGGGCGGUGCGGGCCGUCACCCCUGGCGGGGCGGGCCACUCCGCCGCCGGGAGCCUGCCGGGGCAGGUCGUCUGCCCCUGGCAGUACGGGCUGUAACCCCGGGUGGUGCGGCCGGACGACUGAUACCUGCCCUGAUGUGCCGCUGUCCGGCGUCAGCGUGUGUGGCUGUGGCUGGCGCCAAGACGACGUCCUAAGGAUCUGAAUACAGCACUUGGCGGACGUCA